AUGUCUAGCACGGGCUCCGCAUCCGCAGAUGGCGAUACUCCAGCCACAUAUCGAUGUCCAAGCUCACCACCUCAGCGGCCCAGACGGGAAUUCACCGCGAUCCUCGGCCACAGAUGGGAGAAAUGCGAAUUCCAGCUUCACAUUAAAUGGGUCGGUGUAGAUCCCACAUGGGUACGAGAGCGGAGCCUGCAUCGAGAUUCGAAAGCCGCUCUGUUACACUACUGGCAAAGUCUGCCCAACGGCCGCCCGAUGAACCCAGACGACGACGAAGUGUUCGAAGUUUUUCGAUUCAGGGAUGAUAAGGCAGGCAAGAGAGGCAAGAAACGGUUGCUGCUAACCGAAUGGGUCGGGUAUGACGAGAAGGAGAUGACCUGGGAGCCUGAAGACGAAAUGGUGAAGGCGGUCCCUGAGCUUGUGGACCUUUUCUGGGCAGAAAAGGCGGUUAUUAAGGCCAAGAAGGGCUUUUAUUAA